GUUGGUAUUCAUCUAUACCAAAAUAAAUGCAUAUUUCCAUACCUCAGCAGCUUUUACUUACUCUGGUCGUAUCUUUUACCGUUCUUCUUUGCCAGACCAGUAUAAAAUGGCUUCGUGGCCCAUCAGUAGUAUUACCUACAACGAUGGACCAACUACCACCCGAUCAGAAGGCCCGACUCCACGAAGUCGCUGAUUCCUUACUCGAGAUAUACCAGACUCUGGCAAGGAUGCGCUUCAUCGAUCCAGAAGGUAUUCAAAAAGGGCCCCAUGACAUCAAGGACCUACUCCCAUUGUACGAAGAGCAUGGCCUGGACCCGUCCAUCAUCUAUCUCUACAGCAUUUUACCAUACAUCGAUACCGAUCUCGCUGGCAAUCGCGACUUCUUCCAUGGUGGGGAAUUUGCUGACUUCCGCGAUCCUGAGCAUGUGGAACAGGGUCGCGAUCCCUUCUACGGCGAUCCCCAAGGAGAUGACUUUGAGGCUGAGGAUGGUCCUUACAUUCGCCCUUGGGUUACGCCUUUGUCUCAGCUCGGUAAUCACCAGAGUGUUAUCAUCUAUGAUGCACGAGAGCACCAAAUCUGGAUUAUUGAUCAGGAAGGAUGGUCUAGCACAGAUCAAGCAUUGAGUGAUGUACCUAAUGGUGAAGUGAGGUGUGCGAAUUCUAACAGUUUCGAGCAUAUCCCUAGUCGACCAGCUGGGGAUGUGCUGCGGGAUAUUAAUCGCUGGUACUUGACACUUGAAGAAAUACCAGGAGGGGGUGACAAUAGCGGUGGUGAAUGGAGUGAUUGGGAUUUGGAUCUCAAAGGAUUGUAUCGGGAAAACGGAUGGCCGGAUAAUUUUGAUGGCGACGCAUUUCAGGCCGCCCAAGCACGCGCAUAUGCCGCUUCCCGAGCCAAGUAUUUCGCAGAGGAGCCAUUGAGAGCGGUGGAGAAAUACAAAGAUUGGUUCAAGUACUUGGACAGACAGGUCCGAACUAACCAAGAGAAACUUGAUACUGCGAAGACGAAGGAUGAGGAAUGGUGUGCGCGCUUUGAUCUCUGGAAAGCGGAACGGCUGAGAAAACGUAAUGAAGAUGACCUUAAGAAGGCAGAAGAAGAAGUUGGCAGACUGUGUCCUGGUGGUGUAUGCCAGAGAAAAGAAGACCCUCCGUUGUGGGAAUUGGAAAUGCUACGCCAUGAAUACAAAUGGAAGCAGGAAAGCAUCGAAUCCAACGGAGAUGGGGCAGAAGAUCUCGAGUCUGACCCGGAACAGGUGCGACAAUUCCGUGUUCAACUCCGCCAAAGAGAGAAGAGCGCCAACAUCUACCGGAUGGCAUAUGAAGCGGCUAAAGCUGAUGCUGAACGAAUGUGCCCCGGAAAGACCUUCCAAUCAGCCACAGGGAUUAAGUCACUGGGGCGGCAGGACACAGUGACCAGCAUACAAUUCCAUAAGGAUGCAGUCGUCUCGCUGCAACAAGGCGUGCAGGACCUCAGAGAAUGGGCAGCUCGACUUCCUGAUGAUGCAAAGAAAGCAAGGGAGAUGGUCGAAAACGAUAUUCAGCAGCAUGAGCGAUCUAUCAAGAACAUGAGAGAUAUGCAAAAAAGAGCAGAAGAUUGGCUCGAACAACACGGAAAUACAGAAUAGUCUGGCUGUAAGAUUACUAUAGCAGAUUGAGCAGUCUUUUAAUCACUAUGCUAUAAAUUUGUAAUCGCCACUAGAAACAUUUGGUUGUACGAUGCCUGACUAGAGUCUAGAGUAAUGUCUUGAGGAGAAGACG